AUAAUCCAUUUCUUUAUCAAAACAAAACAAAAUCCAAACAGAAAAAUGAACGAUAGAGAGAAAGGAGAUGACUGGGAUUUUCAUCUCCGAACACUCUCGAUCAGCGCCCGCGACUCCAAUUUAUCCGGCGACCCUGCCUCCGAUCCCUCUCUUCUCCAUUCUGUUAAAAAGCUGCAUGAACUGUGUAAGAAGGAAAAUUUCUCCGAGGAUUUGAUUGCUAGAGUUUAUCCUCAGUUUAACAGACUUUUUCAACGCUCUGUUGCUUCUCUUCCUCAGUCUAGGUCUUCUUAUGGACUUCUUUUACUGGCUAUUCUUCAAUUUUUCCUUGAUUUUGGAGAUGUAGUUCUGCACGAUGCUGAUCCUAGUUUGCGGUCUUUUUUUCGGUCAUGUUUGAGCCGUGAAUUUGCUGAUCCAGCUGUUGCAGAAGCAACUCUUGAUUUUCUAAAUGUCAAUGAGAAAAAGCUCCUGAAUUCUUUUCCCACUUUACUGCCUCAGUUCUUUCCUUUGCUGCUGAAGCUAAUCGCGUGGAAUGGAGAGAAAUUAGAAAAAUUAUUUCUGAAGAUCUUUCCUGGAAUGAUAUCAACUGGCUCAUUUCUUCCUCUAUUUCCAGCUGUAGUGGAUCUGCCAAUUUUGGUGGUAGCAUUAGAGAAGGUAGAGCGGAGCUCAGGACCACUUAUUGGAAAUAGCAUAGCCUCCAUCCAAAAGAGUGCGGCUCCAGAGAUGUUACUUGCACUCAUGGAUGAAGCUUAUACUGGUUCAGUAGGAGAUAUUGGGGCAGACUCUGAGUCUGAGGAUAGCAGCACAAUGGAUGGGGCUGAUCCUUUGUUUCUUGAGAUUCUGAAGGAUGAAAAUGAUGGGCUUGCUGAGCGGCACUGGACUUCUCCAUCAGUGGCUGCAACUCUACAGGCUGCUGUAAAUAGCCCCCAGUCUGAUAGGCUAAAGCAAGCACUUAAAAUAGCUCCCCAGCUUCUUGAUGUGUAUUUCCCUAUAGCAUCAAAUGAUGUUAAUGAUUCUAUGAUCUGCGCAUUGGUUCCUCUAUUAAUGUCCAGAAAUGAGACACUAUUUCCAGAAAAAAGAUUUUCAUAUGAGAUCCGAAAGAGACUUUUACAGUUCAUGCUUGCUGCAUUUCAGCGAUCUCCUGAAUUUAUUGCCCUUUUAAAGAAACCUAUAAUGGACAGGCUUGCGGAAGCUUAUGACAGCCCUGCAAAGACAGAACUGGCUUUACAGUUGUGCUGGGCCAUUGGGGAGCAUGGUGGUGGUGGUGAGGCUCACAAAGAUGCAGCUCGUGAGCUUUUUGAGAACUUAGAGCUACUUCUUUACGAGAACCUAUCUACUAGUCGUCUCGGCCUAAGAGAGUCAACCACGGGUCCUAAUGGUUCAAAUUCCAGAAAGAUGUCACAGUCAAGGCUCUUAUGUUUUGUUGUAACAGCUAUCACUAAGCUGGCCACAUAUCAUCGCGAGUUAAUGCCGAGAGCACGUGUAUCUUUAGGCAAGGUAGCUCGAUCUCGAAUCUCCGAUGUCAGAGUACGAAAGCGUGCUCGUGAUUAUUUGGGAUUAAUGAGUGAACCAGCUAUAUGUUUGUCUGUUUUUGGGCCUUCAAAACCUUCUCAUGGGCACAUGCAGAAUCCGGGCACUGUUAACUGGAGUGAAGGAGGAACAAAGAUGGUUGCACACAUCCCGUUUUACAUUCUUGGCGAGCAACAAGGUCCGCCUUUCCAUGAUUUUUCCCUUUCAGACAUUCUUCCAAGAAGAUGAUAGCAACUUGUGUAUAUUAAGAAAUGUAUCUCUAGAAAUUCUGCGUUUAGCUUAAUUUGACUUCUAGUUUCAGAAGUCGGUUUAUUCCCUUUGUAUUCUUUGAUUGCUACAAAAUAUGCGAGUGGAAACACAAAUAAAGUAGUUUUGUUUGCUAUGGCAAGGAGCAAAAACUGAGUGUAUAUUAUUUGUAUCCGUGAAGUUAUUAUCUAUUUAUUUAAUCUUUAGUUUUGAAA